AUGCCGGUUAGCCGGUCAGCAGCCAGAACACCACAGCAGCGCCGUCAUUUCUCGCCUACGACGGCAUCUCGCCAGUAUGAGCAGCCGCACCCAGACUCGGGAGCCGGCAACGGUGGUGGCGCCGGCCAGGGAAAAGCCGGCGGCACCAAUGGCGGUACCAAUUCGGAUCCGUCGCUCCUGGCCCGGAUGCUCGAGUCUGCCGCCACCACCCUAGCCUCCGUCUUGGUCUUGGGCGCUGGGUUCGCCGCCGCCGGAUACGUUUACCACAAAUUCUACAAGGCUCUGCAGCUCAAGAAGAUUGAAAAUGCCUUCAAGCCCGGCGAUCCGGUGCUCGUGCUCGCUGCCGUCGCCAAGUCACUCCCCGACGAGGAUGAUUCGGACCAUUGGAUCCAGCGCGCCGAACAAUCCAAGAUUGAUGCCAUUGUGACUGGACAUUCCAAGGGACAUUACCACCUCAUCAUGGGCGAAAAGGGCAGCGGCAAGAGCUCCAUGCUCCUCGAGGCCAUGCGCAAGAUUGACGGCGAUGGCUGUGCCAUGUUUGAGGCGCAUGCCGAUCUCGAGAUAUUCCGGAUCCGCUUGGGAAAGGCGCUCGACUACGAGUUUCACGAGGACUAUAUUGGAGGCUAUUUCAGUGAGCGAGGGCCAAGAGACACUACCGCGUUGCUCGACAUUGAGCGAGCAUUGAAUAAACUUGAAAAGGUGGCUUUGAAGAAUCGUGCAGAUAGGGGGAAGCCCUUGGUCAUCAUUGUCAACCAAUGCCACCUGAUUCGAGACGACGAAGAUGGCAAGGACUUGCUGGAACUCUUGCAACAGAGAGCUGAGCAGUGGGCUGCCUCCAACUUGGUCACCAUGGUCUUUAAUUCGGAUGACUACUGGGUAUACGAGCGGUUCAAGCAGCUGGCCACGCGAAUGGAGGUUUUGGCCGUACAUGACUUGCCAAAAUCUCAAGCAUUGACGGCCCUGAAGAGAUACCGCCAGCGUUAUUUCCAGGAGGAUGUGCCCAAGGCCGACCUUGAAAAGGUUUAUGAUCUUGUCGGCGGCAGACUAUCCUUUUUGAAUCGUGUGGCCAAAUCCGCUAACAUGAUCAAGACGUGUGAUCAGAUCAAGGAGAUUGAAAAGACGUGGUUCCUCAACCAGUGCUGGAUUCUUGGCAGUGAAAUGGACGACGAUGUGAUGGACCAGCAGAAGUGGGCUGCGGCAGCAAUGGUGCUUGCGCUGGCUCUCGUCGACAAGGAGGAAGAGAUGGACCAUACCUACGAUGCUGUGACCGGACAUGUCCUACCAACGUAUCCCAUGCACAUUGCACAACAGAUCAUGACGCGAGCCGACUUCAUAAGAGAUCUCGACCGCCUCAAUCUAUUCACGAUUACGAGCACCGCUCAAGUACGAGCUAGUUCGGUGCCCAUGCAUCGCGCAUUCCGGGAGAUUUGCGCCGAACCUGGAUUUCGCCAGUUCCUCGAGGAUACAAACGAGCGCAUUGCUGCUAUCGAGUCUCUCGGACGUACCAGAGAACUCGUGGCAAAGGAUCUUGUUCUGGGAGGAAAGUAUGAGAUUUCCAAAGGAUGGUCAGGCAAGAUCAAUGUGGUACUCAAGGAGCAAGAAGAGAAGAAGGAAGAUGGCAAUGACGACUAA